AUGCGUGCUGACAGGCAAUACAGACGGGAAAUUCACAAUAUUUUUGAAUACUACAAGGAUGAUGAGUGUAGAGCACGAUACCGGUUUGGAAAAGAUGCCAUUAGAUUUAUUGUAAAUCUUGUUCAUAACGAAAUUCAUCCUCCGACGAAUCGUAGCUAUGCCCUUUCUGCAAUGAAACAAGUGUUGAUUACACUUAGAUUUUUAGCGACAGGAAGUUUUCUUCAAGUCAUCGGCGACACCUUUGCUGCAUUACAUAAGUCCACAAUUAGUCGAGUCGUACGUAGGGUCUGUAUAGCUUUGGCUCGAAAGCUGGAUCAAUUCGUAAAGUUUCCAGGAACGAGAGAAGAAAAGGAUGAAAUCAAGCGAGGAUUUUACGAACUAGCUGGUUUCCCAUGUGUUGUUGGUUGUGUAGACGGCUCACACAUUCGCAUUAUCGCACCGUCGGAAAAUGAACCAAACUAUAUCAACAGGAAGGGUUAUCACAGCAUAAACGUCCAAGGAAUCUGUGAUCACAAAGGUACAAAACAUUCAUUAAAUAUAUUUAUACCUUGUUGA